AAAGGUAUGUAAAGCGCCAUCUGUGUUAGCAAAAACAAAGAGACUUGACAGUUUUAAAUGAACUUGGCACAUUGCAGUCACAAAAGUAUCUCUGCUAUUGAUACUGUAAAGUUUCAACAACCAAAAAAGAGAUGUAGUUAGCAAGGUUUAAGGUAAAGCUGCGUAGGUAAUGGAGUCAGCGAAAUGUCAUUUGAUUCAGCCAUGGUUCACUAUAGUUCUGAAGACAACAAGCCAUGCUGCAAGUUCUGUGGUAAAAAGUUUGCACAGUCGAGCUACAUUAAGGCUCAUAUGAGACUACAUACCGGUGAAAAACCAUUUGCCUGUUCAUUUUGUCCAAAAAGAUUUAGUGACUGUAGCAAUUGGAAGAAACAUGAACGUAUACAUAUUCGUCAACUUGGGAUUAAAGUGGAUACACCUCCCCCACCUCAAAGAAGUGAGUCCUCAAAAUCCAAAGCAGUUUUAAUUUCUCCACCAGUUAAGGUAAAACAAGAACAGAUAACUGGGUUUCAGUGCAAACUUUGUGGCAAAGCUUUCGCCAAUGCCAGCAGUUUAACAACACAUAAACGAAUUCAUAGUGGAGAACGACCAUACCGUUGUGGAAUUUGUGGAAAAUCAUUCACGCAGAUAGGAACACUUAGAACUCACGAACGUGUUCACACAGGGGAGAAACCAUACAUUUGUAAAAUUUGUGGUCAGACAUUUGCACAAAGUGGUAGUUUUCGCAUGCACGAACGCAGGCACAUGAUGGAAAUGUUACACCAAUGCCCACUUUGUCCAAUUAAAUUUGCAAAUUACGAAGAUGCCAAACGUCAUUUAGCAACACAUUCAGAAAUGGCAGAGUCCAAAAUGGCAGAGGGGUCCCAGGUUACUGGGGAAUCACCAGAUGCCUUAUCACCACAUAUUGAUACAUUUUCACCAAGAAGCAGUCAUGCAGAUCAAGUCUCGUCUCCUCUCUUCCCAUUUCCACCACAGAUACCAAAUUUUGUGACAACAGGAUCUGUCUGUUUACCAGUAAGUUUAUCAACAAACAGCAACAUACCAACACCGGUCAGCAUUUUACAGUCGCAAGCAUUAAAUUUACAAGCCAGAUCUUUUGCUGAAUUUUACCAUAAACCAUACGCGCCAAAUGUGGGCAUCUCUGUUUCUGACCGUGUAGCCAAUGAAAACAGCGAUACUGAUGUUGUGAGUACAACUACAUGUCGGAACAGAAAAUACAGUUCUGACUCGCAUACUUCCAGAUCCAUGUCUACACCUGACGGAACUAACCAUAAUGAAGAUACUAAAAAAACCAACAUGGAUUCAGAUGCCUACAUUAAUGAAAUUAACCAUAAGACAUCUGAAAACUCGAGUGUAACCAGUGAGCACUCUGAUAAUGUUGUCAGUGAUGAACCUGGCACGAUAAGUCGUACAAACCUUCAUUCAAAGCUACGUGGAUCAUCAAACUCUAGAAAGCAGAGAUAUCCACAAAGAAGGUACAGUUCAAGUGUCACGAUGGAUCCCGUUACAUCAACUCAACCCAGUACCAGUUACAUAUCAGUGGAAACCAGUUCAAAUAUGUCUGGGGAGAUGACAGAGGAUGAAGGAAGAGAUGAGGUCAACACGUCACAGAAGCAGUAUCGUUGUAACCAUUGUCAUAUUAUUUAUGAAGAUUGUACACUUUAUCUGCUUCAUAAUGGGUUUCAUUCACACGAUACUGACCCGUUUAAAUGUGUCAUCUGUCGAAAGUCUUGUCGAGACAGGAUUGAAUUUAAUUGCCAUUUGACCAGUCAUCUGAAGUAACUUUAAUUUAAAAAAUGUUGAAAUUAUUUUUGGCGG